AUGGACAAGUGUACUCUAGAGACCUGUCCCAUAACGGAGAGUAUCUAUCAGUACAAGCCAUCCCUUGCCGGCAAUGCUGCACUCCUCGCCAUCUUCGCCGCCUCCGGCAUCGUCCACUGUCUACAGUAUUUCUUCUUCAGGAACAGCUCUUACUCCAUCCCCAUGAUCUUGGGAUGUCUGACAGAAGUCAUCGGUUACGUCGGCCGUGUUCUCCUCGCCGAUGACCCAUUCAGUCAGAAUGGUUUCCUGAUCCAGAUCUGCUGCCUUACUCUCGCACCCGCUUUCUUCUCGGCUUCGAUUUACUUCUGUCUCGCUGAUAUCGUCCGCCUCUUCGGUGAGGAAGCCUCGUGGAUUAAGCCACAGCAUUAUGCCUGGAUCUUCAUUCCUUGCGAUCUUGUCAGCUUGAUUCUCCAGGGUACCGGUGGUGGUCUGGCCUCAGUUGCCGCCGAUAAAGGCACCGACCAGGCGCCCGGAACAAACACUAUGAUUGCUGGCUUGGCUUUCCAGGUCAUCACCCUCGUUGUCUUCAUCACCCUUACUCUCGGAUUCAUCUUCCGUACCAUGAAGUCCCGAGCUCUUCAAGAAAAGGAAAUGGGUGCCCGACCAAAGCUUCCAAUCAGCCGUGAUAGACUGGUAACUUUCGCCGUUCCAUUUACCGUCGCUAUUGUUACAAUCUUCACUCGAUGCGUCUACCGUGUCGCUGAACUCAGUGAAGGUUGGGAGGGAGACCUAAUUCACGAUGAGGUCACCUUUGUUAUCCUUGAGGGAGUGAUGAUUGCCAUUGCCGUCAUUUGCUUGAACAUCUCCCACCCUAAGCUUCUCAACCGAAAAUAA